UCGCAUGGAGCGCAUCGCCCUCCCCCUCCCCCUCCAAAUAAGCUCGUCCCGUCCAGCGCUCUCACAAAUCCAUUUUUGCUCCGUGCGUGCGCCCGUCACUGGCGCUCGGAAGAGGAGUGGUUGCGCCCUCGCCCAACGGCUCGCCCGGCCCCGUGCCGCUUGUUGGCUUGCGCCCUUGUGCGGGGUGGAGUGGUUGGCCGCUGGUUUUGUGCCCAUCGCCGUUGCCGGCCGGCGCUGGGGGGCGGGCGGACGCACCCACGCGCGGGCGCGCAGCGCAGGAUAGUCGCGGGAGUGACGUGACACCACUGCGCGUCGCCUUGUUAUAUCUAUCCACCCUGCACCGGUCCGAUCCUCGUCGGCGGCAACGAGCGCGGUCGGGAGGUUCGAGGGUAAGGGGAAUUUCGUGCGUGCGUGCGUGAAGCGGCCAUGGACGCGCCCUUCUUCCACGAGCUCCGGCGGCAGGCCUCCUCCUACCUCACCGGCAAGAUCCGCUCCGCGCGGCUCGCGCUCACCGACGUCACCCCGACGCAGCUGAUGACGGAGGAGGCGACGAACGGGGACGCGUCGCCGCCGAACGCCAAGACGAUGAGCCUCAUCGCGCGGGAGGCGUUCGAGAUCGACGAGUACCUCAGGAUCUCCGACAUCCUCCACACCAGGCUGGCGACGUUCGACCGGAGGCAGUGGCGGGAGCCGUACAAGGCGCUGCUGCUGCUGGAGCACCUCCUGACGCACGGCCCCCGCAGCGUGGCCCUGGAGUUCCAGAAGGACCGGGGCGUCAUCCAGCAGAUGGCCGCCUUCCAGCACAUCGACGAGCGAGGUUUCAACUGGGGCCUGACGGUGAAGGGCAAGUCGGAGCGGGUGCUGAAGCUGCUGGAGCGGGGCCCGUUCCUGGAGGAGGAGCGGGAGCGGGCGCGCAAGGUGGCGCGCGAGAUCAAGGGCUUCGGCAGCUUCAACCUCAGCAGCACCGGCGGCGGCUCGCGCGCGGCGCCGCAGGUGUACGGGCGCAGCCACUCCCGGUACGAGGACCGGCCGUGGAAGGAGGGGGACGGCGAGGGCGAGGACAAGGAGAACCUGGUGUCCCGGCCAGACCCGAGGAGCGUGUGCGAGGAGGCGGUGGAGGAGCUGCACCACCGCCACCCGUUCCACGGCUUCGGGCAGCCGGAGGCGAUGCUGCUGCUCAGCCAGUGAUCGGGGCUUCAGGAGAGGGAUGAGCGCCGUCGCCUCCCCCCUGUACUGUAUGUCGGUGUCAGCGUGUGAUCUGAAUCUGAAGAAGAAGAAGAAGAACAGCGUGUGCGAGGUCAGUGGUUUGCUGACGUUGCUGAAUGCUUAGCUAAUUUUCUUCAUCUCUCGUGUCGUACUUGUACAUUCUCUUGACCCCGUUCCUCGAGCAACGUCUGAACUGCGUUCAAAGCGUAUCCCUCUGAACUGUGCUCCUGUUGUCUGAAUUUGAUAGUACAUGAAUGAACGCGGAACAAGAACUUCUGAACCCA